AUGGCCUCCGCACGGUCCUCCUCCUACAGAUGCUACUCUGAGCUAGCUCUUUUCUUCCUCCUUGCCCUACUAUCAGAAGCAGAGUCGCGCCCAGCCAUCCUCCAUGAGACGAGGAAGUCGAGCACAAGCGACAAGUCCUGGCUCCGUAGCGCCUCCUCGCUCUUGGACGCCCCCAGAACAGCUCAGAUCAUCGCAACCAGCUGGGCCUUGUCGGCUGUUCACUGCGUCUACGACUUCAACACGGGCAAGCCCAUGCUGCCCUCGUCCGCCUUGCUCAUCGUGGGAUGCAACGGGAACACACGCUCCUCCUCCUGCUUGGAGGUUCCAGUCACUCGCUACGUCCUUCACCCCAACUUCAACCCGAGGACCCUUGAGAACGACGUCUCCGUGGACUUGGCGUCUCUUAUCAACAACCAGCUGCCGCGCAUCGACGGGUUGACUUCGCUCCCUCCUGGUCUUCUCGUCCCCAAUAACGACAUCCUCCUUGCUGGCUAUGGGGUCACGGCCAACAUCCAGCCCAACCAAUCCCCUCAGAUCCCCUUCGCCCUGUACAAGGUAUCCGUCCCCAUCGCAACCGAGCAGACGUGCAAGAACAGCAACCCGACGCUGAGCAGGCAGGCCUCUCAGUGGGUAUGGCUGUGCGUGGACGGGCAGGGGAAGAAGGACAGCUGCGAAGGAGACUCAGGUGGCCCUGCCUUCUUCUACUACAACAGCACCUCCUUUGUUGUUGGUGUUCUCAGCAUGGGGUCAGAGGAGCCGACGAGCGGCCCAGCAUGCGCGACCCCUGGGCGGUAUGGGGUGUACACGCAGAUAAGAUUCUACACAGACUUCCUUGCGAGCUACGGCAAUUUCUCGAAUGUUACCCAGACGGCAAUCGCAGUCAAAAGUGUGGGAGGCAGCAAUGUAGUCUCAUCGUCUCAGAGAUCUAGUCCCUCCUCCUCCCUCGCCCCCUUUCUCUCAAGCAUCGUGAUCCUCUUCUACUUGUGUAUGUGA